GGCUAUAUCCCCACCACAGCGAACGAACUGUUUAGUAGUACCCGAUAUAUUAUAGAGGAACCACCGUUUUUUUGGAGCUAUUUGAAGUCUUUCGUCGUUCAUUAAGAACUGCAAAUAUCAAUUCGACAGACAUAGCUCUUGUCGCCUAGUUGAGAAUUUAAUAUUGUCCGCUGACAUGUAUAUCUCUGAGGCCGUGUAUUUUGGCUGGUUGAUUGUGUCGACUGCUUGCAUCGUUGGUUCAUUCCAGCCAGAGGUGCAUGUUGCUCUUGUCAAAUUUGUGCACGGAUUUUUGCCUAAAUGUUCCAGGUACACUUUGGCAAGAUUACUUGCCUGUGCUUCUGAGAAGCCCUUUGUCUUUCUCUUUUGUAAAACGUUCAUGACGUUUCGGGCAUACCACUCGUACGCACGGUACUCCCGCUAUUUCCAGCAACUGUAUUUUCUUGACAUGCUUGGAUAUGGCUCCUUACUUGCCGUCAUUAUCAUGGGUCUCUAUGCGGCCCAUAGUUUGUCAAUUGCUGCCGCAAAAUUGACCGGCAAGUCGUUUCAGUUCAACACUGGUGCUUCUUGGUUUUUACAAAUUCGCCGUCUCUUUUACAAUGACUUGGCUGGAGAGUUGCUUCAUUACAAUAGCAUCUCCUACCCCCCCGAUCGUGUGCUUGCAGAAAACAACGCUCGUCGACUGGUACUGAAACACAAUCUUAUUCUUGAUGUUUAUGCACCUGAGUUUGGAACAAAUCGACCUGUCAUUAUUUGGGUGAGUGGCACACAUGGCGCACCUUCUCAGCUCCCUUUCAUUCUCGCCCACCUUGGUUUUGUUGUCGUUAUCCCUGAUUUUUGUCGCCCACCAAAGUUCCCUGUGGAGAAGUCGGUGGAAUUCAUUCACUAUGUCGUUGAUUGGGUCCGUGAGAAUGUAGAUUACUAUCAUGGUGACUCCUCAACUAUUGGAAUUUUGGGUGAGGACACGGGUGCAGCAGUUGCUGCUGCCGUCGCUGCCAAACAAAAGUGUAUUCUUUCCUUUUUUGCUCUAUGCCCUCGUAACGAUCCCGCACUUCCCUUUUCUACCGAGUCUACUCCUGAAUUACCGGUAUACACCUUGCACCCCGGGAGUGAGAGUGUAUACGCUGAUAGUGAUGCCAAGGCGAAAACCCAAAGCAUUAUAAAUCUUGAAAAUGAUUCAUCUAUAUACGUGUUUGGUUCCUUCCCCUUUUACUACUGUUACGAGUCUCCCCGCUCAAUUGCCACGGCCGAGCUUAUCCAACAGUGGUUUACAAACACGUUUAAGGCAAACAAAUGUCAAUGAUUGUUCUAGCACACUGUGUUUCCUCGUUCAUUCGUUUACCCCGCACAGACAUUCUUACAAAAUUGGUGGUAAAGAUUUAGUAGAAUUAUUUUUACCUUUAUUAAAGUGUUCACUAUCACUUUUCUUUUGCUCAUGACGACGAUAUUAAGAGUUUAUCGUAAUUUGCUUUGUCAUCACACUGAUUGCACAACGCACCCAUUUUGUUCUUCCUAUAUGACUGAUGAUCCAUUAACACCAGACAUGAGGAUUGUUGUUAAGGAAAGUUCUCAUAACAGGAAUCAAAAUUGUUGACUUUAAACUCCUACAGCCUACUAUAUGUUGGCUUUUCUUUUUGUUCUAUACAAACAGUGCUUUUCCUAAAUGGCUUUCUGUAUGGUACUCUUAAAAAAAUGAUUCUUUACGCUUCAGAAAAGUUAAAUUUAAUAAAAUGACGGAUUCUAAUGAACUUAAAAAAAAAAU